CUCAGGCUCGUUCACCGGCGCACUGGCAUCUCACCCGCAGACUUCGUCUCUCCUUAGUAGUGCAGAUCUGCCUCUCGGUCUCUGAAUAUUUGUCUCCAUCUCCAUCUCUGUUUAUUGUCAACGUUCGCCUGUCACUUUGGAAGCAAAGGGUUUUGUCAGUCGUCAAUUAAAUGAAAUAGCAUGCAUUUUGUUUUCAUUUCCCCCCUUUAGUAGCACAGUGCAAAGUUGAUUGAGAUUUGAGAAGCCAUUUAACCGUGUCUCAUAGUGCAUGUCACAACUGAGUUCUGAACCCAUAAUUUGUUCUUCCUUUAUGUACUAGAAUAUAAUUGAUUCAUACUAAUUAUAUUAACAAUUUACUCACUGGUUCAUUUACAUCGCUGCUGGCUUUAUCCCAGCCAUUGACUGCGGACGAACUUCAUCAUCUGAGGGAGCAAUUUGCUUUGUUUAUAUAACUUGGACAACAUGCGGUUUGUCACCCAAAAUGAUUGAUUGGAUUAUAGUCUGUCUUUGACACGCACCUCCUCCAUCUCCCCUGUUAGCGCACGAUGCUCCCUGUUCGGUGCAGAAAAUCUCCGUGAAGUCGUCUCCUUUCGACUCUUCCAGUCCUAUCUUCUUCACUUAAAACCCUAGUUUUUGUUGUCUUCCCCAAAUGGGUCUUCUAAAACCCCAUAAUUGUCGUCCACUAUCAUCCCUUUGCUCACCCUCCGAUGCCCAUCUAGCUAAUAAGGCAAUCAUAUAUCUUAAACGCCAUCCUCAACAACUGAGUUCUCUAUCUUCCCAGUUCACUCCCGAAGCAGCUUCUUAUCUACUCUUGAAAUCCCAGUUCGACCAACCUAUUACCCUGAAGUUCCUUGAUUGGGCCCGAAGGCACCAUUUUUUCACGUUCCAAUGCAAGUGCCUCGCCCUCCACAUUCUCACCCGCUUCAAGCUUUACAAGUCAGCUCAGAGCCUUGCCGAGGACGUAGCCCUAAGCGCAACCGAUGACAGUGGUGAAUUGAUCUUUCAAUACCUAAAGGAUUCGUAUCAUUUAUGCAAUUCGAGCUCGGCUGUCUUUGAUUUGGUGGUUAAGUCCUAUUCUCAUGUUAACUUGGUCGAUAAGGCCAUGUAUAUUGUUAAUCUAGCUAAAGCCAAUGGAUUUAUGCCUGGCGUGCUAUCAUAUAAUUCGAUUCUGGAUGCUGUUUUAAGGUCGACUCGUUCUCUUAAAUUGGCUGAGGAUAUUUAUAGUGAGAUGAUUAAAACUGGGGUGUCUCCAAAUGUCUAUACCUAUAAUGUUCUAAUUCGUGGUUUCUGUGGGGAAGGAAGCUUAGAAAUGGGGUUUCACCUCAAGCGUAAAAUGGAAGAAUAUGGGUGCUUGCCGAAUGUAGUUACCUACAAUACAAUACUCGAUGCGUAUUGCAAGAUGAGGAGAAUGGAUGAAGCAUUUAAGUUAUUGAAAUCGAUGCGGAUGGAGGGUGUGGAGGCGAAUUUGAUUUCGUAUAAUGUGGUGAUCAAUGGAUUGUGUCGAGAAGGGAGGAUCGGGGAAACUCAGCAGGUACUUGAGGAGAUGAAUAGGAAAGGUUUUUCUCCAGAUGAGGUGACUUUUAAUACACUUGUCAAUGGGUUUUGUAAAGGAGGAGAUGUUCACCAAGCUUUAGUUUUGCAUGCGGAGAUGAUGAGGAAAGGGUUAUCACCAAAUGUUGUUACUUAUACUACAUUAAUAAAUAGUAUGUGCAAGGCUAAGAAUCUAAACCGUGCAAUGGAAUUCCUAGAUCAGAUGCGUGUUCGAGGACUCAUUCCAAAUGGGAGAACUUAUACGACAUUGGUUGAUGGGUUCUGCCAGCAGGGAUUACUGAAUGAAGCUUAUAAGGUUAUCAAUGAAAUGAUUGUCAGUGGAUUUUCACCUUCGAUUAUAACUUAUAAUGCACUUAUUAAUGGCCAUUGCAUCUUGGGAAGGAUGGAAGAUGCAAAAGGAAUCCUAAGGGAUAUGGUUGAGAAGGGGUUAUCCCCUGAUGUAGUGAGUUAUAGUACUAUUAUAUCUGGAUUCUGUCGAAAUCAAGAGUUGGAAAAAGCUUUCCAAAUGAAGCUGGAGAUGGUUAAGAAGGGUGUCUCACCUGAUACUGUUACAUAUUCAUCACUUAUACAAGGUCUCUGUCAGCAGAGAAAAUUGGUGGAAGCUUGUGAUCUUUUUGAAGAGAUGUUGCAUGGUGGUCUCCCGCCUGAUGAAUUUUCUUAUACUACUUUGAUAAAUGCUUAUUGUGUAGAAGGUGAAUUGAGUAAGGCUCUUCAUUUGCACAAUGAAAUGAUACAGAAAGGUUUUCUGCCUGAUGACGUUACAUAUAGUGUACUUAUUAAUGGACUUAACAAACAAGCAAGGACAAGAGAAGCCAAGAAGCUUCUUCUGAAGUUGUUUUAUGACGAGUCCAUACCUAAUGAUUUGACAUAUAAUACUUUGAUUGAAAACUGCAGCAAUAUUGAAUUUAAAAGCGUGGUAUCUCUUGUCAAAGGAUUUUGCAUGAAGGGAUUGAUGAAUGAAGCAGAUCAAGUUUUUGAGACAAUGCUUCAGAAGAGUCAUAAGCCUGACGAGGCAGUUUAUAAUGUUAUUAUACAUGGACAUUGUAAAUAUGGAAAUGUUCAGAAGGCAUAUAAUCUGUACCAGGAGAUGGUGCACUUGGGUUUUAAUCCUCAUACAGUGACUGUUCUGGCUCUCGUGAAAGCUCUCACUGGAAAGGGGAUGGUUACUAAGAUGAGUCAAGUAAUACAAAACACAUUGAGUAGCUGUAGGCUUACUGAUGCUGAGCUGGCUAAAGUACUUGUUGAAAUCAACUAUAAAGAAGGGAACAUGGAUGCUGUUUUGAACGUACUAACUGAAAUGGCCAAGGAUGGCCUGCUACCUAAUGGUGGAAACUGUUCACAUCCUGCAGCAAGUACCUGAUUUCAUUGGUUCAAUGCCUCAAAACUCGUUACUUGGAAGUUGGAAGUUUGAAUUCUCUUUUAUUGCUACCAUCUGGCAUGACUGGGGGUAGAAGCUUGGAUUUCUUGUUUUCUUUUCUUUUCUUGGAGCUCCACUAUCAUUGCAGAUAACCUCAUUGCCCAGUAUCAUGAUGGAGUUAGAGCUUUUGGCUUGUAGAGAAAGGGGGCAUAUUAUAAUUUACACACAUCCAUAUGACCUUGCUCCACAAAGCUAGUAAUUCAGGCUAAGCCAGACAGAUUAGUCUGAACCGGCCCGAAAAAAGUUAGGACUGGGCUUGGCUAUAUGAGCUUUUUUAAGAAGUGAAAAAGUGACCAUUCCUCCUGAGAAAUCCUCCAUGACCGUAGAAGAAGCAGACAACACUAUAGUUCAAUGGGGUGCUACAGUGUAACUGACUUCCAUUUCUUAUUGUGUCAUGGUGAGAUUUUUCCAGAUGCUAUUUUCUUGAGCAGUUUGAGAUUGGCUUCAAAAGAAACAUUGUGAAGGGUAAAAAAAAGAGCCAUCAAGAGUCAUUGAUGCUGGGCAGUGGGAUAGUUUUAGCGAUGGAGAGAUUAGCUGAGGAUUUGGGGAUUUCAAAACGGGAUUUUGAGGAGAGGAUGCACGAACUAGACCAAGUGAAAGCAUCCCCGUGGACGGUGUUGUCUAUGUUGCCAUGUGCCUCCUUUUAUGUUUGCAUUAUAUUGAGGAAAUAAAGGAUAAGAAAUUAGCUGAGGCAGGUGUUCGGUUCGCUCUGUAUAAUUGCAUAGCAGAAUAUUGUUUUCCACCUCUUACAACCGUGUAUCAAGGUUUUCAUGCCUUAAUUUGAUCUAAUGAAUUUACUGCAAUAAUAGCUUGGUUACACUGUGA